CUAAAGAUGGAUUGAAGGUAAGAUAGAUGGGAGUGAAAGUGGCGUAGGACCUUCGAUCCACCAUGAGGCACCGAAUUCAUGGUAAUAAAAAAUGGUUAAAAUUUUCGUAAACUACACGUGGUAUUUUUCUUCUCCCUCCCCAUUUCUAUUGCUUUCCUCUUCUCUUCUUAUAUCCAUCAACUAAUCUUUUCCCGCUUUGCCUUCUUCCAUUUUCUCUCUCUCCUCAAACACCCACUUCUUACUUCCAUCCCCACCGCCAAACAGAAAUCGCAGAGAAAGAAAAUGGAGUAUUGGUCGACCAUGGCCUCUCUGCUCGGAGUCUUCGCCUUCUCUCAGACAUUGCUUCAAACACUUUUCCCUCCCGAGCUCCGCGUCGCCAUUGUUAAACUCUUCGCCAGAUUCUUCUCCUGCUUUUCUUCCUACGCCUACUUCGACAUUACAGAGAUCGACGGCGUCAACACCAACGAGCUCUACAACGCCGUCCAGCUCUACCUCAGCUCCUCCGUCUCCACCGCCGGCUCUGCCACCACCCGCCUUAGCCUGAGCCGGCCGCUCAAUUCCACCGCCAUCGCUUUCGGACUCUCCAACAACGACUCCAUCGCCGACGAGUUCGACGGCGUCGCCGUCCAGUGGGAGCACAUCGUCACGCCGAGGCAGUUACAGAGCUUCCCCUGGCGGAUAUUUCCGGAAGAGAAGAGAGGUUUCACGCUGAAGAUCAAAAAGCAGGACAGAUUGUUCGUGAUUCUCAACGCGUAUUUGGAUCACAUUGUGGAGAAGGCGAACGAAAUCAGGCGGAAGAAUCAAGAUCGGUAUCUGUUUACGAAUCCGCGCGGCGGUUCGUUGGAUUCCACGGGUUGCAAUCCGUGGGAGGCCGUGCCGUUCAAGCACCCGAGCACUUUCGAAACGCUCGCCAUUGAUCCGAUCAAGAAGCGGCAGAUUAUGGAGGAUCUUCGAGAUUUCGCUAACGGAAAUUCGUUUUACCAGAAAACAGGACGCGCUUGGAAGAGAGGUUAUCUUCUGUACGGACCUCCUGGAACUGGAAAAUCGAGCUUGAUCGCUGCGAUGGCGAAUUUUCUAGGGUACGACAUUUACGAUCUCGAGUUGACGGAAGUUCAGAACAAUUCGGAGCUGAGAAAGCUUCUGAUGAAGACGACGCCCAAAUCGAUCAUCGUAAUCGAAGACAUCGAUUGCUCGAUCGAACUCUCGAACAGGAAGAUGAACGUGACGAAUUCGGUGUGCGAAAAUGGGGGAAAUUCAAUCACGCUCUCUGGAUUGCUCAAUUUCAGCGAUGGAUUGUGGUCCUGCUGCGGGAGCGAGAAGAUCUUCGUGUUCACGACGAAUCACAUCGAGAAGCUGGAUCCGGCAUUGCUGAGGAGCGGGAGAAUGGACGUGCACAUUUUCAUGAGCUUCUGUUCGUUUCCAGCGCUGAAGAUUCUUCUGAAGAAUUAUUUGGAUUGGGAUGAAGAACAAGAAGAUUUGGAUGGAACAACGACUUUGAGUGAAUUGGAAGAGAGCGUUGAAAAAGCAGAGAUGAGUCCUGCUGAUAUAAGUGAGAUUUUGAUCAAGAACAGGAGGGAGAAGGGAAGAGCGAUGAGGAAAGUUUUGGAAGCUCUGAAACUGAGAGCAAACAAGAAAUUAGCCAUUAAUGGAGUCUCAAGGAAGAAGGAUGAAGAUCAUGUAGAAGAAGAGCAGGAGAAGAGAGCAGUGGAGAAUAUCAAGAAGAGAAUUGAAGAACACCAUGAACGUUAAACUUAAGAAAAUGAUUUUGAGUGAUUAUGUGAUUCUAAAUUUCUGUCUCUCAUGAGCUUUUUAGAGAUUUGGUUUGGUGGUUAGGCUAAGGCUGUUUUGUGAAAUUGGGUGAUUAGUGUGAUUUAA